AUGGUUCGCGUUGCCAUGCAAAUGGAACAUACGGACAUUCCUAUCGAGGAAAUUAUUGAACACGGACAAAUGGCUCUUUUCGAGAGAGUCCCCGAACUGUUUCCGAAGGCAAUCGGUCUCCCAAACAACGCAAACGGAUACAGUGAGUUUUCUCGAACAACGCUCUCAUCGCCUAUGUUUUUUCGCUGUUUUCAGAGCUUCUCUACAACGGAAAGACGUACACUGAUGAAAUGCUGUCGAAAAUCACUGAUGAUGACGUCAUUCGUGUAGUGAUUAUCCCCGAGCACAUGCGCAAGGUAUUCCUCCGUUUUUGGCAAGGUAUUCACCAGUUUUUAAGGCACCCAUCGAUCCGGCCCACAAACGGAACAUUGACAAUGCACUGAAGAUUAUUGGAGCGGGAUUGCGAUCCGGGAACAUCCGUCGCAUCGAAAUCUUCCGUAGGGAGUUCUUGGAACCGGGCUUCAUUCGGAGCUUGCUUGUUGUGUUCCCGAAGGUAUUCAAUGUUCAUCCUGAAUUAAUAUUGAAUGAUUCAUUACAGCUCGCGUUCGAUAUUAAGUUUCUGGCUGUUCUUAGCGAUUGGGACGUGUUCUAUGAAUACAUAAUUGUGAACAGCUUCAGACGCUGGCCGGAACGCAAUUCGUUCAAGUACCGAAACCCUAUCUUCAUGUCAGUAAUCAAACACAUUGUCAAGACUAUCGCUGACAAGUACAAAAUAAAACUGACUAUUCGUAACAGCUCUGCCACUGUUCACAUGGACGGGAGGCAGGUGGUCACCCGUGAACACCUUCAGAACGUAAGCACUUCAAAUACUGCGACCUGCAGACACAUCGACUAAUUCAGGUUCUCAACAAUAUGCUGCGCGAUCAGUCAGGACCUUCUUCGUCUUCUGCUGGUGUGAGUCAGCCAGCAUCUUCCAGCAGUCAGCAGUCAGGCCCUUCUUCCUCCUCUGCUCGUGUUCGUCAGCUAGCAUCUUCCAGCAGUCAGCAGUCAGGCCCUUCUUCUUCCUCUGCUCGUGUUCGUCAGCUAGCAUCUUCCAGCAGCCAGCAGUCAGGCCCUUCUUCUUCCUCUGCUCGUGUUCGUCAGCCAGGAUCUUUCAGCAGACAGCAGUCAGGGCCUUCUUCGUCCUCUGCUCGUGUUCGUCAGCCAGCAUCUUCCAGCAGCCAGCAGCCUGGACCCGCUCCGAUUCCUCAGGGACAAGAAUAGUUAGUUCACCAGGCUUGAAAAUGUUUUACAAUCAAUAUUUCAGUGCUAGCCAAGCAGAGAUGCUUCGCAAUCUUGGAUAUCUCGACGACGAGCUCAACAUGCAGGCGUUGGUGCAAGCGGACGGCGUCAUUGAAACCGCGAUCGGCUUCAUCCGCGCGGCUGCUCAAUAA